CUCGCGCGCUACGCAUUGACUCAGUAACUUGCGGUACUAUUCUCUCUGUAUAUCUAUAUAGAACUUCGGUGUUUGUAUACCAAUACAAAAAGCACGUGUAGCAGCAGCGCGACUCGUGUGUGUGUAAUUUUCUCGAGUAAAGUAAAAAAAAGUUAAAAAUGGCAGACAAGAGCGAGCAGGCAGCGAGCAGCGGUGGCGCGGCCCCGGCCACUGUGGGCCCCACCAAGAAGACGGGCCCGAGCAAGUCCGCCAAGCCCAAGAAGCCGCGCAGCAAGCCCAGCCAUCCGCGCACCUCCGACAUGGUCAACGCGGCCAUCAAGGCCCUGAAGGAGCGCAGCGGCUCCAGCCUCCAGGCCAUCAAGAAGUACAUCGCGGCGAGCUACAAGGUCGACGCCGAGAAGCUGUCGCCCUUCAUCAAGAAGUACCUCAAGUCCGCGGUGGUGGCCAAGCAGCUGGUCCAGGUCAAGGGCAAGGGAGCCUCGGGCUCGUUCAAGCUUUCAGCCGCGGGUGUCGAGGCCAAGAAGAAGGUGAGCCCGAAGAAGAAGAAGCCAGCCGCGUCGGCGGUCAAGAAGUCGCCGGCCAAGAAGAAGCCAGCGGCCAAGAAGCCCGCCGCGAAGAAACCGGCUGCCAAAAAACCAGCCGCGGCCAAGAAACCGGUCGCUGCCUCGUCGACAACGGCAGCCCCGGCUGGAGCCAGCAGCUCGGCGGUGGUUAAAAAACCAGCGGCAGCCAAGAAGAGCGUGAAGCAGCUGACGAAGAAGCCCAAGGCAGCGAAGAAGCCGGCGGCGGCCAAGAAGCCAGCGGCAGCGAAAAAACCCAAAUCGGCGGCGGCUGCGAAGAAGCCCAAGGUGGCCAAGCCCAAGAAGGCGCCGGCGGCCAAGAAACCAGCGGCACCCAAGAAGAAGUAAAUCUUUCGAGGAUGAAGAUUCGAGGAUAGGAGUAGGUGCGGUUCCUUUUCAACUGAGUGUGGGCAACGUAAUUCUAUGAGUGACGAUUAGAAUUGCCUAUAAUAUACAUAUAUCUAUACAUAUUAUUAUUAUUAUUAUUAUUAUUAUCAUUAUAAAGUGUAUACGUGUGCGAGAAACGAACGAGCGAGUGAGUGAGAGAGACGAAUGACCCGCGCGAGCGAAUGGACGAGUAGUUAUAUACAUUAUUAGGAUUAUUAUUACAUCGAUAAUAGACAUUUAUGAUUUUCUCGAUUUUUAUCUCUAUAUUCUUCUUUUGCGUCAAAGGCCCUUGUCAGGGCCAGCCCAUUGAGUAUACAUAUAUAUUAU